GUCGUUUACGAGAGAUACAAAGACGAAACGGAACUGCCUGAUAUCAUGGCAUUGAUCUCACACGAUCUGAGCGAGCCGUACUCGAUCUAUGUCUACCGGUACUUUAUCCAUCAAUGGCCAGAGCUGUGCAUUUUGGCUCGGUACAAUGAUGAUCUAAUUGGUUGUAUCAUUAAUAAGCUGGAACCUCACCGCGAAACGCCUUUGCGAGGUUACAUAGCCAUGCUAGCCGUCAAGAAGGAAUACCGCGGCCUUCAAAUCGCUUCACGACUUGUCCAGCGGUCAAUUGAUGAAAUGGUUGCACAAGAUGCCGACGAGAUCGCUUUGGAGACCGAGGUCACGAACGUCGCAGCUAUGGCCUUGUACGAGAAGCUGGGGUUCGUGAGGUACAAGAGGCUGCAUAGGUACUACCUGAACGCGAGUGAUGCCAUUAGGCUCUUGUUGCCAUUGAAAGAG